AUGGCCUCGCAGCACGCGUCCGAUGCGCUUGCAGGCGUGCCGCUGCUCUUCACGCUGCCGCCCCGCGCGGCAUACGAGGUGCUCUCCAACGGCGAGGCGCUGCGCGUGCCGCACUUUGUGACCGUGGGCGACCGCAUCCUCGUCAAUACGGAGGACGGCACCUAUUACGGUAAGGCGGGGCCAGAUGAGGGAUGA